CAUUCAUUCGUUUCGUGCGUGUUUCUCGCGCUCGACGGUCGGUGUGCAUUUUUCUGAUUUGUCGCCAUCAUUGUAUUGUGCCGAGAAGUGCAAUAUUUCUGGUGUCUUUUUCUCUCGCGAUCGGAGGUGGAAAAUUUCCUUUCUGCGGAUCAAAUCGCUGUUCACGUUGUCGUCGGUCGGGAUAUCCGCGUUCCGUGGCUAGCAAGAUUCUGAGGAAUCGCGUGUGAAAUAUUUUGGUUGAUUUCUAGCCAAAUAAGUGCGUGCCGUCUGAACGUAGUAUUCGUCGCGGUGCACACCAUCUUUCUUUUCGCGAGUGUGGCGGAAGAAAUUUCACAUUCCGCGGGCGUGUAACGUGAGAUUUUUUUUUGUGGAUCAUUCCGGACACUGGCUGCUGGAUUAUAGCCAUCCGGGUUGGUGGUGAAAACAUUCGAGUGGAAAUAUAGCUGCAGUUCAAAGUGAAGCAACAGCAGUAGCAGCAAGGAAAGGUGGUGCGACGAAUCACGGUGCUUUCAGUGUUAAACUUUCCUGAAGAAAGUAGAAAGGACUUUAUUGAAGAGCUCGCCGGGAGAAGCAGUGUCUUGUGAAAGUGUUGCACUCUUCCGAGUUGACAGGAAUGGACAUUAGUGGAACAUUUUAGUGUGUGCAUUUUUUCGUUGAUAACUCACGACGCAAAUAGCGCGACGCGUAGCAGCGGAAGAGGAAGAAGCAUACGCAGAAAAAGAGGACCUGAAGCAUGGAUGUGUGAGUGAAGUCCCGACGAUUCGGAAACAAUCGAACUUGAAUAGUACGACGGCGGUGUGGUUAGCGAAGGUCUUGUCUUGUUUGAGAACUGACCUGUAGUGUGGUAUCUGCAUUGGGCGGAAGUCAAUCAAUCGAACAGCGAAAAAGUUUCCAUUGGGUGGGUGUUGGGUUUACAGAACAGUGCAUUUUGGUGAUUGAUCUGUCGGUGUGAAGAACAAGAAGAAAGAAGAAAAAGUGAGUGAGUUGUUGGUGCGGUCUUGGAACCACCAACAACAACAACCGGCCGAGUCAAGCCCGCAAAUCCAGACGCGAGUGUUAUUUCGUGAGAUGGAUCCGGCGGUUGCUUGGUAUCAGGAAGAGCAAGAAGGACCAGCCAAGUAUCAGUGGAUGAAAAUCUGGGAGACUAUGUCUGAGUUAAAUCCUCCAUUGACCGCUCCGGUUGAGAACCAAAAGCCUCAACGAGCCGGAACGGAGAAACCGAACCGUGGAAUCGAGAAUCGACUCAUCGUUGCCGCAGGAGGUGGCGUGGGCGGUGGUGGGGGUGGCGACGAUCAUCAUCACCACCAUCAUCAUCUUCAUCACACUAAUGCGCUUAGUGAGAACAAUAACAAUAAUAACAACAGUAACAGCAACAACAAUAACAACAAUGGAAACAACACACCGACCGGGGGUGGGAAUGGCGGCGGCACUAUUCUAGUCAACAACAACGAGAAGAACUACAAUCCGACCAGGAAGAAAGCCGGCAGCACGGUGGACAACAAAGCCAGUACUUACAACAUGAACAAGCAGCCCAUGCGAUUGAUUGGAGUGCACGGCGGGUGCCCGUGGCGUCCAACCAAUUACAAGUACGGACGAGGAAUCCUUGGCAUCGAUUUAGCAGCAUGUGCAAGAUUGCACGAGGAAAUCGAGCAAUUCUACGCUCACAUGGUGCCGACACAGACAGAGCAUGCGCUGAGGGUACAGGUGGUUGCUCGGAUAGAGCAAAUCGUGUUGAAUCUCUGGCCAGCGGCCCGGGUGGAGAUGUUCGGAUCGUUCCGCACCGGGCUGUACCUCCCAACUAGUGAUAUAGAUCUCGUCGUGAUCGGGCUGUGGGAAAAACUCCCGCUAAGAACGCUCGAGAUCGAACUGAUCAACCGCGGCAUUGCCGAACCGAUGUCGGUACGCGUCCUCGACAAGGCGUCCGUUCCGAUCGUCAAGUUGACCGAUCGGGAAACGCAGGUCAAAGUGGACAUCUCCUUCAAUAUGCAGUCCGGGGUGCAAUCAGCUGAGCUGAUCAAGGACUUCAAGCGCAAGUACCCGGUGCUGGCCAAACUGGUGCUUGUGCUGAAGCAGUUCCUGCUGCAGCGAGAUCUGAACGAGGUCUUUACCGGAGGCAUUUCAUCCUACUCGCUGAUACUGAUGUGUAUCAGCUUUCUGCAACUGCACCCGCGGGCCAACCAAAACCAGACCCGCAAUUUGGGCGUGUUGCUGUUAGAAUUUUUCGAACUUUACGGUAGAAAGUUCAACUACAUGAAGACUGGAAUUAGUGUUAAAAAUGGCGGACGAUAUAUACCCAAAGAAGAGCUACAGCGUGAGAUGAUCGAUGGUCACAGGCCUAGUUUACUGUGCAUCGAAGAUCCACUAACACCAGGGAACGACAUCGGACGGUCUUCUUACGGUGCCCUCCAAGUGAAGCAAGCCUUCGAAUACGCAUAUAUCGUGCUGAUGCAGGCCGUCUCCCCGCUGAACAAAUUCCUCAACGAUUGCAAACGGCAGAGUAUCCUCGGUCGGAUAAUACGAGUGACGGACGAGGUGAUUGAGUACCGCAAAUGGAUCAAGGAAACGUUCGAAUCAAGACUGAUAGCGGCGCAAACGAUAGUGCCGACGAUACUGAACGACCCACUGAACCCGCAUAUUCCACUACACCUCCUACCGCAGCCGCAACAGCAAGUACAACAGCACCCGCAUAUUAUCUACAACCGGCGGAGAAACAGUUUAUCGAGUGUGGACACCUCCGAAGAAAGUAUGGACAGCGACGCUGACUCGAAUUCUGCGUCGAGGGACAUUUCCCCGACGAGUAUAAACCGAUCUCCGGAGCUGGUGCAUGAGCACCAUACAAUGCACCAUCCGAACGGGACCACCGGGGGAGGUGGUCCCGUAGUUGUGCUUACCUCGCUCCCAGCCCAUGGGCACGAAACUGAUAACAAUGUGAUCAACCUGCAACUUGUCCAACAGCAGCAGCAGCAGCAACAACAGCAACAGAUGCUCGAUGGGAUUAAUGAAAAUCAAAUGAUUAACUAUACCAUGAAUAACCGACGAAGUACGUCCUCCCCGCAUCAGAUCAUAGGCGGUGGAAAGAAUGCACCUCUCAACAUCUAUACCCCAAGGAGUAGUUCCGAACGGAUGGCAUCUAUGGGAGGCAACAUGGGAGGCCGGCACGGCACGGUGGUCCCCAACAACAACAACAACAACAAUCAAUCGUCCGGUUUGGUGCGACAUAAUAGCAAGCAGCGACGGUCGCAGAUGAGCAACAUGUUAGAGCAAUAUUUGAUUCAGCCCAACAACAACAACAACAACGCUAACAUCAUCAACCUUACUAGCAAGGAAGAGAAUCUACAUCAGACCAAUAACAACACCAGUGGGAACAAGGAUCAGAAACCGAUUCAACUGCAACAGCAACCGAGCCAGCAGUUGUACAGCCUAAGCAAAAAGUCGUCGGCACAGAAUGUGAAUCCGGCGACGAGUUCUUCCAAGCGCAAGAAGACCAUCUCUCCGACGGACAAGAAGGGCGGCCCGAUCGGUGGCGGUGGCUCGGGAAGCGGUGGCAGUAACUCAGGAAGCGGCAUGGAAAGCCGAUGAUAUAACACCCGCCAUCAGCACUGUGCACGAUACGUGCAUUAUUGCUUCUAGACAGGAAUGUGGCCAGCGCAAAGUCUACAUGUAGGCGCCGAGUGCUCCCACCACUUUGUUUUAGAGAAACACAUCAAUGCUACUACUAAGUGCAAGUAGGUAUACAUUUGUGAACAUUUCAAAUCGCAAGAGAAAUUCCUGACCCCCGAAACGUAUGGUAAUCCAACUAUACGGUUGUAAACUUUCAAAUAGAUAUUAUUAGGUGUGUAGAGAGCAAGUUACUGCUUAAGGAAGUAAUUGUUCUCUUGCGUACACUCUCUGAACGUCUACAUGAUUGGAAUCAUGAUCAUCGUCCACGUUUAUCAAUAUUAUUACCUAUCAUAUAUUCAUAUAAUUUUGUCUCUAAAUGUGUACAGCUGCCACUUGUAUAGCGUUUUUUUCUAUUACAUGAAUACUACUCGAGGGGAUCCUAGAAUACAUGGUUGGCAUACUUAUAUCUCUAUACUUUCCAUGCGUGUAGUCACUGCCCAUCAACAGAAUAAGGACGAAACUAAUGCAAUGAAAAACAUAGAAAUCCGCAAAUCUUAGUCAAACAAAAAAAAAACAUACCAGUUAAGAAAUAGUAAGAGUUAAAAGCCUCCAUUAAGCUCAUUUAAACGCGCGUGAUAGAACGUGAUUAUCGUUUAGGGAUUACUCAAUUGAGAUAAGUAAGCAAAAAAAUCACAAACCAUAGGACGUAGCAACCGACACAUACCCAAAAACAAACAUUCGAAAUUCUCAAAAAAAAAUGUAAAGCAAUUACAAACUUUGAAAGUGCGGUACCCCGGUACCCCAAUCCGGUAGUUGAAAUAGUCCCUUUCUCCUUUAUGUAAUUCUCGCCCAUACAUUUGAUCCUUCGGAUCAAAAGGGCGAUAAACUACGUAAUCAAGGAGUCGAGUUUUAAAAACAAAAAAAAAACAUCUCGGGGUUUUAAGCCACGUUUGCGUGUCCUGAACCGACAACUUUAAGAAGCACCAAGUGAUGUACUCUUCCUAUCGACUGGUUAUACCUUAAGAAUCCAAAAGUAAAUGAAAGCUAAACAAAUUAGAAAAUUAGAAGAACCCUCGUUAUUUGACCAUUGUCGGCGCGAAAGUGUAAUUCAGCAUAAAGGGAAAGUUUGAAGAGUAUUUUAAUUGAAAGCUUCAAUAUUGUAACUAUGAUUAGGCAAACUAGAACAGGAUACAGACUAAAUUGAUAAGAGACAGGUAGAAAAGCAAUCCAAAAAAAGAGGAAAACGUUCGUUGUGCACGAGAACAUCCGGAAGAUUGUGAAAUAAUGAUAAAUGAUGUUUUAGGCCAGCCAAAAA